AUAAAUAAAAUAAACAAAAUAAAAAAAAAUCUAUUAGGAAGUAGGAGUACCUUGGUUCGAGAGGAGACUCUUGUACUACACACAUCAAACCAACGCAGAAAACUCAAAACUUCUCAGUUUACCGCCGGAUUCUGAGUAACAUCCGCUGGUUUCCGAAGGAAUUUGUGUAGAUUAGGGUUCUUAUCUGCUUACACUUCAAAGGAAGAAACACACCGUGUAGCUGCAAUGGUUGCAAAUGACUACUUUCCUCCUUGGUUUAGUGUCGCUCCGAUGAUGGAUUGGACUGAUAAUCAUUAUAGAACUCUUGCACGCCUCAUUUCGAAACAUGCUUGGCUCUAUACCGAGAUGCUUGCCGCUGAAACAAUUGUUUAUCAAAAGGGUAAUCUGGACAGAUUCUUGGCAUUUUCUCCAGACCAACAUCCUAUUGUGCUUCAAAUUGGAGGCAGUAAUUUAGAGAAUUUGGCAAAAGCAACCGAACUUGCUGAUGCUUACGGCUAUGAUGAGAUCAACUUCAAUUGUGGAUGCCCUAGUCCUAGAGUAGCUGGACGUGGGUGCUUUGGUGCGCGUCUUAUGCUUGAGCCAAAGUUUGUUGCCGAGGCUGUUUCAGUAAUUGCUGCCAAUACAAACGUACCUGUCAGUGUCAAAUGCCGAAUCGGCGUGGAUGAUCAUGAUUCAUACAAUGAACUAUGUGAUUUCAUUUACAAGGUCUCUUCUUUGUCACCUACUAGGCAUUUCAUAAUUCACUCAAGAAAGGCACUACUGAAUGGUCUCAGUCCCGCAGAAAAUCGGAGUAUUCCUCCACUGAAAUAUGAAUACUUUUAUGGCCUCUUGCGCGACUUUCCUGACUUAACAUUUACAAUCAAUGGUGGCAUUAAUAAUAUUGAUGAGACCAAUGCAGCUCUAAAGACUGGUGCUCAUGGUGUUAUGGUUGGACGUGCUGCCUACCACAACCCUUGGCAUAUUUUGGGAAACGUUGACACUGCAAUUUAUGGUGUACCAAGUAUUGGUCUUACACGUCGUCAGGUCCUUGAGAAAUACCAAGUAUAUGGAGACUCUGUGUUACUAAAAUAUGGAUUUCGGCCAACUGUGCGAGACAUUGUGAAGCCUUUACUUGGUUUUUUCCAUUCUGAACCUGGGAAUGGACUUUGGAAGCGCAAAGCCGAUUCUGCUUUCCAAACUUGCACGACAGUAAAAUCAUUUCUUGAAGAAACUAUGGUAGCAAUUCCAGACUCGGUUUUGGAUUCGUCGUUUGCGAAAUCACCGCCUGGGCGUGAAGAUCUUUUUGCUAACAUUGACAGUUUAUUACCUCCACCAUACAGAACAAGAGAUGAGGGUUCUGUUUACAUCCACUAGUAAUAGUUAUCUGUUUUAUGCAAAUGACUUAAAAAAUGUAAUUCAUUCUAUGUAGAAAGGUUAAGUUAAAAAAAUUAGGGCUUUUGCUUUUACUGUUGAUUUUACUUAAAUAUGUAUUGUGUUAUCUUUUAAGAAGAAUGUUGGGUGGCUUAUAUUACUUCAUAUCAGAUAAGCCUGAUCCCAUCCCCAUUUUAUUUAUGAGAUAAGAUAUUGCAAGGUCCUACCACAACAAGUCCUAUUUUGUAUGUUUUACAUUCCUUAUACAUUCUUCCAUCCAACCACAUGUACCAUAGAAGGUAUAGCAACUAGCAAAGAGGAUCAAAUUGUAGAAAUGGCAUCAAUCACCAUGACAGCCUCAAUCCUUGGCUUCCCGACUGUAACCAAUCGGUCAGCCGUAGCAAGACAGAGAAGAGUAAUCGUCAACGCUGUUAGAGCAGUCGAAGGGGAAAAGAUGGUCAGAUACGACAAAGAAAAGCAGGGAAGCAAUGGAAGGAGAGAGUUGAUGUUUGCUGCAGCAGCAGCUGCUGUUUGCUCUGUUGCAGGUGUUGCAAUGGCAGAUGAAGAUGAACCAAAAAGAGGUACCCCAGAAGCCAAGAAAAAGUAUGCCCCUGUUUGUGUCACUAACCCAACAGCCAGGAUUUGUCGCAAUUGAGUCUCUUGGUUAACAAUGGGGUUGUGUUGUGGUGUUUAUAUUUCAUGUAAUGGUUACUGUACUAUUUUAAUUUGUUCAUAAAAGUAUAAACUUGCCUUA